AUGUCUCGCUCGCGGUUUAAGCUUACCAAGAAGAAGUCGUUUUAUUUCGCUAUAUUCGCCGUAUUCUGUUACAUUUUUUUCCGCGUCGAAGUCGCCGUGCUGACGCCCAUGUUCAGCGAGUCGCAACUGUUUUUCAAGAGAUAUCUGCUACGCACUCCGGGCUGCUCGCUUCCGCUCUACGACUCCUACCACUGGACCGUCGGCCUGUCGCUAUCCGAAGACGUGCCGUACGAACGGUCGUGCUCGGUCCAAGAGCCUAACAUCCUUGCCCAGCACUUCGGCCGGAUCUUCAUCAACGCCAGUGCUCUUCGACGCCUCUACAAUGUGUCUCAGCUGGACACCACGUGUUACUACCGCGAGGUACUUCGAAACGAAAGCGCUCGGGAGCCCGACAACACGCCGAUGCUCGGACCACGUGUGCCGCUGGAGCUCGGGGAUAGGCUUAACGCGGAGUACGUGCAAGUGACGUGCGAGGCACACGGUAAAUCUCUCUUCAAGGAGUACUUUCUUCUGCCCCAGUCAAAGCCCCUCGCCACAAAUGAUACUGAGGCGAACGGAGCAAAGCCACCGCGGAACGAAAGGGCGAUGAGCGUCCUGAUUCUUGGGGUUGACUCGACGUCCAGGAUGAACUUCCAUCGUCAUAUGGUCAAGACGGGCAGAUAUCUCGAGGCAGAACUAAAUGCGUUCGAGUUUAUCGCGCUCAACAAGGUGGAAGACAAUACUUUUCCUAAUCUGAUUCCCCUUCUCACGGGAAUGUCCGGCUCCGAAGCAGAAAGUGUGUACACACGAUAUGGAAAAUUCGAUCCACUCCCGCUUAUCUGGAACAAGUACAAGCUGAAUGGUUAUACGACGCUCUACAUGGAAGAAUGGCCGUACACGGGAAUUUUCGUUUACUCAACUUUUCCCGGUCUCAUGAAAGUGCCUACCGAUUACUACCCAACUUCUAUCCUUCGAAUGAUGGAUGACGAAAACUUGCAAAAAAAGAAGUGCAUGGGUUCUCGGUUGAAGACGAAAGUGCUGAUCGAUUACUUAGCUGACGUCCUGAAGCUCAAUCACGAGAGGCCAAUGUUCUCCUUCGUCUGGCUCACGUACCUCACUCACGACAACGUGAAUGGGCUGCAGCUUUUGGACGAUUCGCUGGAACUCUUUCUCAGAGAGCUGGCAACUUACGGCGUUUUGAAAAACACCGCUCUGCUGUUCAUGAGCGACCAUGGCUUACGCAUGGGUAGCAUGAGCAUGACCGAGAUCGGUCGCUAUGAGAACAAGAACCCUUUCUGUUUCCUGGCGCUACCGAAGCGCUUUCUGGCGGAUAACCCGGUGGCUGCCGCCCAUUUAGAAGUGAAUCAGCGCCGCUUGACCACCAAUUACGACCUGCACGCCACCCUGAUCGCCCUGUCCGAAUGGCCCAAGUUUGUCCCCAACUCCACGGACAAGGGUUUGAGUCUAUUUGGCCCUAUUCCGCCGGAGAGGACGUGCGCGGACGCUUCCAUACCACGCCACUUCUGCGCAUGUCUUGAUGCUAGCCGGAGUGUUAACGAUCCCAAGGUUUCGUUACAUUUCGCACUCCACGCCGUGGAUUACGUCAACGCUUUGGCGAAGCUGCACUUCCAGGAAAGCUGCGUCGUCUGGCAGCUUGGUUCAGUAGACCGCGCCUCGAUACUCGGACGCUCCGCGGACGAUGCGGUGCAGCUCCGAGUGCAGAUUACCACCGUGCCAGAAGCGGUCUUCGAAGUGUACGGCACGCUUGGUACCCUGUCCUUGUCAGUGAAGAGUGUGGACUUGGUACUGAGGUUGGACAAGUACGCCAACCAGACCACUUGCCUGCCCAGGAGCAGGUGGCAGAAAAUUUGUAUGUGCAAGUCGUACUUGCUCAGCCGGUCCUCGACGACGCGCGAAACGUUAUCACUUCGCCUCGGAUUUUGGUAG